UCGGUCGAUUACUCAAAUUUCAGUAGUUGGCUUGGAAACUGCAUGUUCACAUCAACGGGUGCCCAUUGGAAAAAUCGUCGUCGGCUGGUGACACCAGGAUUCCACUUUCAGAAUCAUACCAGUUUCAUCUACAUAUUCAACGAAAAGAGUGCUGAUUGCGCUAGAGAAUUUGAAAGAACAAUCGACACUCACGGCGAUGUCGAGAUCGACGUUAACCCCUUCAUGGCCAAAUGCGCAUUGAACAUUAUCUGCGAAACCGCAAUGGGACAGCAAACAAGGAUAGAAGUGGAAAAGGCGAUUUACGUUAAUAACGUCCACAGAAUUUGUCAGAUUUUUGUGGAACGUGUUAGUCGACCUUGGCUAUCCAUCGACUGGAUUUACAAGUUCAGAACAUUGGGCCGUGAAAGUCAAAAGUGUAUCGACUCUCUCCAUGCCUUUACCAAUAAGGUGACUCGAGAACGGCGUGAAAUGCUAAAAGUGGAAGAAGAGAACAACUCGAAUAGUAUGCAAGAUGAAAUGUUGAAAUCGAGCAACGUUGUACAUAGACCAAAGAGAUUUGCCUUCGUGGAUGGACUCAUAAAAGCAUCGAACAAAGGGGCUGAUCUUUGCGACAACGGAAUCCGAGAAGAAAUUGACCUAAUAACGUUCGCAGGAUACGAUACAACAUCAGCGGCUAUGGUUUGGUUUCUCUAUCUCAUAGCGAAACACCCAGAACACCAAAAACUGAUUUUGGACGAAUUAGAUGGGAUUUUUGGCGGUGAUGUAGAGCGCCCUUGCACAACUCAGGAUAUUGCUGAACUCAAAUACUUGGAAUGUUGUAUCAAAGAAGCUCUGAGGAUGUAUCCUAGCAUACCGUUUGUCAUGAGGAAUCUGACGGAGGAUGUGAAAAUUGGUCAAAAAUACGCCUCUUUUGCCAACCUCUUACGUAAAGUGAAGUUUUCCGUCAAUGAUCCUACAAAACCUUUGUCUGACGCCCCUGAUUUAGGAUUCGUGUUGAAGCCCAAAUAUGAAGUUCGACUCAAUUUAUCAAAACGGUUCAACAAACUUUGUUAA